AUGCCAGGCCAGCGCCCUAUCCAUCCUGCACAACAUCACCAUGGGUGUGCUGCAACAUCACCAUGGGUGUGCUGCAACAUCACCAUGGGUGUGCUGCAACAUCACCAUGGGUGUGCUGCAACAUCACCAUGGGUGUGCUGCAACAUCACUGUGGCACCUGCGCCCGCCCACCCUCCCUAUCCCGCCUUUCUCUCCCCUCAACCCCCCAUCUACCUACAGACGUCCACGUCCGUGCUGCCUCUAGCCCUGCAACGUCUAUGCCAGGCGAGCGCCCUAUCCACCCUCCACAACAUCACAGUGGGUGUGCUGUGGCACCUGCGCCCGCACACACCCCCUCCUGCCUCUCGCGAAGCGGCCACAGCCACAGAAACCCCCCCGCCCGUGCCCUUCUCGGCGCUGCUGGUGCCGCCGCAGGGGGUGGCAGUGCGUGUGUCGCUGCCUGCAGGGGUGGUGGCAGAGGGGAAGCGAUUGCAGGUGCAGCAGGGAGAUGGGACGGAAGACUUUGGUAUUGCACCGGUGAAGCGCAAGUGUGGGGAGAGGGAGGAGGAGGAAUGGAGCCCUCUGAUGCUGCCCAUGGAGGUCUAUGUGCCCCGCUCUCUUGCCCGUGCCAUGUCGACUCAAAAGCAGGAGGAGGCCUUUGAGUCGACUCGAAAGCAGGACGAGUGGAGCCCUCUGAUGCUGCUCAUGGAGGUCUAUGCCCCCUGCUCUCUUGCCCGUGCCAUGGCAUCCACUGGCCCAUGUCGGUUGUACGACGAGACCAUGAGGCAUCCACCGGCCCAUGCCGGCGCUGCAGCCGGCAGCAACCAUCCCUUUAUACUCUACUCUGUGUGUGUGCGUGUCUCCCCUUUCCUCCCUCCAGGCAUCCACCGGCCCAUGCCGGCGCUGCAGCCGGCAGCAACCAUCCCUUUAUACUCUACUAUGUGUGUGUGCGUGUCUCCCCUUUCCUCCCUCCAGGCAUCCACCGGCCCAUGCCGGCUGUAUGACGAGACCAUGAGGUGCUAUCAGUCGCUGCAGCCGUCAGCAGCAGUGCAAGCGAUGGUGGAUGGAGAGGAUGUGGGGCGAGUGAGGGCCACAACGGGAGUGCUGCUGGAGGUGAGUCUGCUGGGGUGGGGGACCCCAAACAAUCUGGAGCCACGGGUGCUGCCGCAUCAUGCCCCAAUGCCAAGCUCCUCCCCACGUGCCUCCCUUCCUCCUUCUCCGCUCCCUUCCCUCUUUCCCCUCCGUUUCCUCUCGUAUUCCUCACUUCAGGACCCCAAGGUUUCAGGAGCCACUGCUGCUGCUGCAUCAUGCCCCAACGCCAAGCUCCUCCCCACGUGCCUCAUCCGCAAUCUCACCUCCCUCUUCCUCCGCCACCCUUCUCUCGAUUUCACUCUAGCCGCCGCCUCCCCUCCCCUGCCCGCCCGCUCCGUCGCCUCCGCCUUCCACCCCAACCGCGCCCCCCUGCUGCCCCACACUGCUGCAUGGCGGGUGGAGCACUGUGGGGACGGAGGGGCAGGGAGUGCGGACAUUGCCACAGCUUGCUACCAACGACUGGUAAGGCCCUUCCUCCAUUCCACCUUAACCGCGCCCCCCGCUGCUGCAUGGCGGGGGGGGCAAUGCAGGGAAGGAGGGAGUGCGGACAUUGCCACACCUUGCUACCAACGACUGGUAAGCGCCUGCCUCCAGGCUUCUGUCCACCCCAACCGCGCCCCCCGUCUGCCCCGCUGCAUGGCAGGCAGAGCACUGUGGGGACAGAGGGAGUGCAGAUAUCGCCACAGCUUGCAACCAAAGACUGCUAGCAGAGCUAUUCCUGCUUGCAGACGCCCCUUCACUCAUUUUCACGCACAAGUCGCCCGCCGUCUCCUUCGUUGUGGCGCGCGGGUCAACCCGGCAAUCCCAAGGUUAAGCAGAGGCACUCAAGCUCUCCCUCCUUCCUCUCCUUCCUUGCCUCCUUCCUCUCCUUCCUUGCCUCCUUCCUCUCCUUCCUUGCCUCCUUCCUCUCCUUCCUUGCCUCCUUCCUCUCCUUCCUUGCCCCCUUCCCCCCCACCGCAACCCCCUCCAGCUAGCAGAGCUUUUUCUGCUUGCAGACGCCCCUUCGCUCAUCUUCACUCACAAGUCGCCCGCCUUCUCAUUCGUUGUGGCGCGCGGGUCAACCCGGCAAUCCCAAGGUUAAGCAGAGGCACUCAAGCUCUCCCUCCUUCCUCUCCUUCCUUGCCUCCUUCCUCUCCUUCCUUGCCUCCUUCCUCUCCUUCCUUGCCUCCUUCCUCUCCUUCCUUGCCUCCUUCCUCUCCUUCCUUGCCUCCUUCCUCUCCUUCCUUGCCCCCUUCCCCCCCACCGCAACCCCCUCCAGCUAGCAGAGCUUUUUCUGCUUGCAGACGCCCCUUCGCUCAUCUUCACUCACAAGUCGCCCGCCUUCUCAUUCGUUGUGGCGCGCGGCUAGCAGAGCUUUUUCUGCUUGCAGACGCCCCUUCGCUCAUCUUCACUCACAAGUCACCCGCCUUCACAUUCGUUGUGGCGCGCGGGUCAACCCGGCAAUCCCGAGGGCUUGAGGGGGCGUUCAGAGUGGUGCAGCCGGCGCUGUGUGCUGCUGCGUGCCCCAAACCGCUGCUGGAGAAUAAAUUCGCCCAACACAUGAUUGUAGAUGAGUCCCUCAAGGUGCUCUACUGCGCGCUCCCCAAGGUGGGCAACACAAGCUGGAAGCUCUGGUUCCGCCUCAUGAAGCUUCGUGGAAACUACUCCGAGUUCCACUCUUUCAACAAGACCAGCUCUGACAACAACGCGGGUUCUUCUGCGAAUGGGACGGCCGCAGCAGAUGCUGGGGUUGGGGGAACAGCAGCAGCAGAAGGGACAGCAGCACCAGCAGCAGCAGCAGCAGCGUCAGAGCCAGCAGCAAUAAACAUAACGACCGAGGAUUUUAAGAUGAUUCACCUGCGUGGGCUGAACGGACUCACAGAACUCCCAGAUUUGCACGAGGAGGCGGCCAUCCGUUUCAUCACGCGGCGGGACGUGUUCCGAUUCACGUUCGUGCGCAACCCUCUCACGCGCGCCACGUCAGCGUUCCUCGACAAGUUUGUGCACGCGCGGAAUUUCACGAAUGAGGGCGAUGCGCGGCUGUACUGGGCGGACGCCAUGUUUGGGCAGACCAAGCAGCUCAAGAAGAUGUUAAAAGAGCACCCCACGAGUGAAUUCUCAUUUGCGGAGUAUCUGGUUCUUGUGGAGGAGGCUCUUAAGGGGGAUGCGGAUACGAUCGAGAAUCACAUUGACAAGCAGAUCGACCUCUGUGCGUUGGAUCGCGUGCAUUACGACUUUGUGGGUCGCUUCGAGAACAUGUCCGCUGACGUGGCAGCAGUGAUGCGUCAGCUCAACACGUCAGAUCUUGGGAUCUUCCAGAAGGGCAAGUCCCUCCAGCUCACAGGCGCGGACCAGCGUUCGGCACAGUUGUACGAUAAGGACUCAUUGGAGCGGGCGAAUCGGAUUUACAGCGACGACAUGAGCAUUCCCUUCAACGCCAUUCGCUACGACAUUCCCGAGGCCCUCAAGCAGGUGGCUGCUCGGGAAAACGGCACGCAAACACCGGCAACUGCAACCUCUAGAAAACUCCUAAUUCUCGAGUCUCCGCGUUGA